AACAAAUUUUUUUAUCAGCGAAAACAAAAGCGAUUUCUUCUCUCUUUCAUUUUCUUCAGUUUGAAAUUAUUUCUAAAUUUUGGUUUGAAACUAACUGAACACUGAACUGUGAUUAUAAAGCCUAAUUAUCAGAACAAGUACCUGAAAUUUCCUCAUGGAGUACAAAUUACAAGACUGCACACCAGACCAUCAUUCGUAGUGAAAUCUAUGAGCUACAGGUUUCAGAAGACUUCAGAAUUCAAAUAUGGAGCUGCCAGUGCUGAAACAAUGGUAUGAAAUGCUCGGUGACAGAAAUAUAUUGCUUUUGAUCGGAAUACCUGUUACUCUUUUUUUACAUAAUGCUGCAUGUUUUGGCUUUUGGUGUGGUGUGAUCAUCUUGAGCUGUUACUUUAUGGGCAUAUAUUGCUGCAGUUUAAUUACAAAGAAAUGGUUAACGUCUAUUGCGAAACGUUUUCACACCGCCAUCGAUACCGAAACCGAGUAUGAUCUUCCAACUGACUAUAAAAAAGAAAAAGUACCCGGUCAGGUUUAUGCUUCUAGUUCGAUUGAUCGUGCUUUAGAUCAGAUAUUUUGCCGCAUCGCCGAUCAGUAUAUUUCAACCUGGUAUACGAACAUUUCCAACGAUAACUGGUUUCAGUACGAAAUACGAUCGGCCAUCCGUCGUAUUGUCGGAGUCCUUUACCAUCGAAUAGCUCGAAUCAACUUGGAACAUUUUGUCCUGGAUAAAGUAGUUCCAGUGUGUCUGGCACAUGCACACGCAGUUACUACCCAACAAAACGUUGAAAUUUCACGUCUACACGUAGCCGUGCACAGUCGCAAAUCGGAGGUUCUUUAUGCUCAAAAUAUAUCCAAAUCUAUGCUGAAAUUUUUACUUCCCGCGAGCGACUUUAAUUGCAAAUCGUAUGGCAUAUUACUGCGUGAAAUAGUAUCGAAAAGCAUAAUUCUGUCUUUAUCAGACGCUAUAUGUAACCCGUGCAUUCUGAAUCAGUUAAUUUUACGUCAUUUGGAGUUUCAUGGGAAAAGUUUACCCAGCAGUGAUGAAGAUAGUGAUACUGGCGAUAUCGAUAGCGAAACAGAUGUUGAUAAUAGUAGCUUUGACGACAACUGCAAUGAUGAACCGAUCCAGUUACUGAAUAAUUUUACGAGCUUCUAUAAUACGUUACCGAAUAAUGGAUUUCUGCGUCCAGACGUGAAUAGUAUUUUGAAAGACAAAGAAUUACAAAGCACUUUCAUGCGUUAUUUGAGAAGCCAGAAUGCGGAACAUGUUUUGCAAUUUUGCUUGGAUAUAGCGAACUUUAAUGAGAAAAUAUUGAAACCGGAUUUAGAAGGCGAAGAAUUAGAUAAUUUAUAUCGAGAUGCGUGGGAUCUGUUCUCAGUUUAUUUUAAGACAGAUUCGCCAAAUUGUAUCAAUUUUGAUAAAGAUUUAGCAUCGCCGUUGAGAAAAGCUCUGUCUAAAGAUAUUUUAAAGUUACGUACAACAGCUACGUUGUUUGAAGCUUACGAAUAUGCAUUUUCAGUUUUGGAAAAUCAUUGUCAAGAUUUUCAUAAUAGCGCUGAGUUUUACCGUUGGCUCUACGGACGAUGUGAUUCUCCCGAUUUAACUUGCUUAGAAAAUGUAUCUUCCACUCAAUCAUCCUCAGGAUUGCGCUCCGGAAUUCCGAAAGAAAGCUUCGGUCGUAAAACGAUGGCUGAAAUAGGCCAAAAAUUUAGCAAAUUUAAAGAAGUGUUGAAAUCUGAAUCAGUACUCGAAGGACGUAUUUACGGUGGCAACAAUGGGGAAUUCGGUAGUGGGACGAGUGAUCCUCAAGAAUAUCGUUGCACUGAAGUGGGUGUAGAUGUUCAGCUCUCUGCGGUUACCGAAAGUAAAAAUAUCAAUAAAUGGAAAAUUUCCAUUCCUACUCUCACAUCGAGAACGGAUCCGGUCACCAACACAAUGCACACGAUCUUAGUCGUACGAAUUACCAAUGAAAACGAUGUUGAGUGGUUCGUGGAACGUCGACCUGUUGAUAUACAUUCUCUGAAUUCCAAACUUAUUUCAUUCCAUGGCGAACCGACCGCAGAUUUCCAAUUGCCUACCUUAAAGGUAUCAUCUUCGCAAACGACGACGACCAUGGAAAACGUACAAGCGUACGAAGAAUAUUUGAAAAAACUAACCGCUUGUGUCAAAUUAAACGAUUCGGAUUUAUUGUACGAUUUUCUAACAUCUGUUGAUCCAGUCAACGAUGACGAUGAUGAUGUCGACGACGAUGGAGUCGUUGACGUAGAAGAUGGCUACGAUUAUGAUUACGAAAGUGAAGAGAGCAGCUUUGGUAAAAUGUUUCGUAAAUCAGUCGUACCUACGUUGAGAAGAGAACGUGGUCAGAAUUUAGAAACUUUUGUCAAUUCGUUAAUUGGUUCAUGUGUAACGAAUAGAUCGAAAAACGAAUGGAAAGAUAACGGCGUCGUAGGUGAAAUAAAAUCUUCGAAUAAGAAGGUGUAUUUUGAUUUGAAAUCGAGUCAUUUGUACGGGAAUAAUUUCGAUGUGGAUGCGAACAGAACAAGAGAAACCGUUCUUGCGAAUAAAACCGCGAAUUUUACUAAUCAACCGUGUCUAACUCCGUUCUCUUUGGUGAUUCAUUUUGCGUACAAAAUUUAUAAUCUGAGAAUGGAAUUCGUACGAAUACUCAUAUGUUUGAAGUCAGCGUUUGGAAACUUGGUCGAUCGAUUUAUAUUCAAAAUUACCAACUGGCAUUUGAAAAAUAUUACCAAAGAACGAAACAUCGCUUAUUUUAUUAAUACCAUCGAAUGGGCUGUCUUCGACAAUAAAAUAAAGUGCGACGAGCAACAAAUCAGAGAUCGAGUGAUGAAGUUACUAGUCGGUUUAAAUGAUCAUUGGCUUUACUCGGUGUACCAGCUGAUAUUUCAAACGUUGCAAGAUGCUAAGAAAAAUAAGCAGCUGUAUUACAAUCUAUUCGACAUCUUGAUGGAAGAAUUGUUCCCGGAAAUUUUUACUCGAACAUCAGAGUAAAACGAAUAUGUGUAGGUAGUAGAUUUACAGCAAUGAUGAUCGAAAUCGUGGCAUACACUUCGAGAAGUGAUUAGCCAGAAUUUUGUAUCCUAGUACAAAGAUCUGUAUACUCACUCUCAGUCAAAAGUGAACAUACCUAGGUAUUCCUGACGUAGUUCUCCCCUUUGAAAAUCAUAUCCAGAUUUCAGAUUCACUUUUUUAUCGAGGAUCUAAAAUUUGUUUCUGAAAUUUCGAAUCCUAGGUUUAUUUUCUUUUGUAUUGACGAGUAAUUGUUGCCAAAUUUCAAGGAUACCAAUUUCUAAGUCGGAUGUGUCCAUUAUCUCUAGUCAACUUGAAAUUUGGGUAUUUCAUCAUCAUCGACUGAUUUGAAAAAGUAAAUGUUGAAGUAAAAAGAGACAAAAUUACUACCGAGAGAAAAAGUUUUAUUCUUUUAAUCAUGAGAAUUGGUAACACUUUAAAGGCGGAUAAAUUUCUAUGUGAUGAUUUUUUAUUCAGCACAGAAGUCAAUUUACUUUUAAUGUUAUUUAUAUGGUCUUUUUAAUUUUACUGCUGGGUGAAAAAUCAUCGCAUUUAUUUUUUAAUUGAUCGUCUCGAAUUUUACACACUUAACGUUCUCAUGGUAAAAACUCACCGAAUUUUUAGAAAGUUAUUUGUUUCUUUAAUCGAACUGAUUCCUGAAAUUUGUUCAUUCCAAAAUUUUAAAAAAAAUAUACAUGUCCAUUUUCCAUACAGGAUACUAGUCAGACACUUUGAUGCAUGUAAUGUAAUGUAUGAGUAAAAUAAGAUGCAUUGCCGAGUUUGAGGUUUUUUACUAUUUUGUUUAUGUUUUGCAUAAGUUUUGUUUUACGUUUUACCAAAGUAUUCAUAUUCGUUUACCAUUGUUUACCCAUAUAUGUACUAUUGUGACCAAAUAAAAUUUUCAUUUCUAUUA